AUAAAAAUUUGUACACACGCUUUAAUACAGUUUAGUCAAGUUUUGAGGAAUCUGGUUUUUUUUAUAUCAAAAACCUGGAUUGCAAAAACGUGGUGUGAACCCAGCCUCAAAAGGUUCUAUCCCAUCCAGCUCUAGCCAGGCUUCAAUUGACUGUUAGAAAUGUUCUGAAAUAAUUAAGUUGAGAAGGGAAGGUCUUUCCAAAGUUUUAAUAGAUACAAUUUUACAGUCCAGAAGACUUCAACUAACCGAAUAUAUUCUAGAAUUUGAAAGAAAUUUGCUAUGUGGCGUCAACAAAAUAAUUGCUCAGAAAUUAAUAUCACAACUUUAUUGCAUUUUCUACAGGAUGGAUACGAAAAAGGUCUCAAGCCUAACAAUUUGCGGGUGCAUGUUACUGCCAUUAAUGCAUUUACAGAAAACAGAUUUUUACAUCAUCCUUUGUUAAUCAGAUAUUUUAGAGCUUUGAAAAAGCUCAGACCAGUGAUCCGCACUCCAGUGGCAACAUGGGAUCUACCUUUAGUACUUAGAAGAUUAACUCUUCCACCGUUUGAGCCACUGACUUAUUGUGACUGAUGGUUAUCCUUUAAAGUUUCUUUUCUUGUAGCAAAAACAUCAGCCAAGCAUGUUGGCGUACUACAGGCUUUGUCAUUUUUUUAGAUUUGUUCCAGAUGGAGUACUCCUCAGGACUGUGCCAUCUUUUAUUCCAAAAGUUUCCUCGUCAGCAAAUUAAAAUUGUGACGUUUUUCUCCCUGUUUUUCAUCCAGACCCAGCAUCAGAAGAAGAACAAUUAUGGCAUACCUUAGAUGUGAAAACAGCUUUGUCUUGUUAUCUCUCUAGAGUAAAAAGUUUUUGUCUAGAAGAAAAUCAGCUUGUCCAAUUUGCAGGAGCUGGUAAAGGAAGGAAAGCCUCCAAAGACACUUUAGCCCCCUGGUUGAGGUCUACAAUAUCUGAAGCUUACCGUUUAGAAGAUAAACCUUGUCAUUUCCCAAUCAGAGCUCAUUCAACUAGAUCCACAGCAGCAACUUGAGCAGAGAAAGCUCUUGUACCACUCCAAGACAUUUGUAAUGCAGCCCCUUGGUCUACUUCAUCUACAUUUCAAAAAUCUUAUAGGUUUGACAUCUUGGCACCAGAUCCGGCCUUUAGCACAGGAGUUCUCAAUGCGGUUAUGUCUUGAGUAUCCCUCCCUGGUAAGAUGUUCUACUUAAAUCCCAUCGGUGCUGCCUUGGAUGAUAAAGAAAGUGUAAAUUGUUCUUACCAUAAUUGUUCUUUCCUCGAGUCCAAAGGCAGCACAGGUAUAUCUCUCCCUAAAAAUUGUGUAUAUAAAUUUCUAUUUAUGUACACAAAGUUCCAGGAUGUAAGGGGAGUGUUUAUAGUAGCAUGUGACCAUGGUAAACACACUAAUGAAUUAUUUUUUAGUAUUCUAGGAGGGCAGUCCUAGGAAGGUGUGAAAGGGCGAUAUAACCCCAUCUGUGCUGCUUUUGGACUCGAGGAAAGUACAAUUACGAAAUCAUGGCUUAUAAAAUCAUGGCUUUGUCAAAGCUGAAGCACAGGCAAGCGCUCCUCUGUGUCUGAUAGGACAGGAGAGAGCACAGAGGAGUACUAUCAGACAGGAGAGAGCACAGAGGAGUACUAUCAGACAGGAGAGAGCACAGAGGAAUCUUAUCAGACAGGAGAGAGCACAGAGGAGUGCUAUCAGACAGGAGAGAGCACAGAGGAGUACUAUCAGACAGGAGAGAGAAAAGAGGAGUCCUAUCAGACAGGAGAGAGCACAGAGGAGUCCUAUCAGACAGCAGAGUGCACAGAGAAAUACUAUCAGACAGGAGAGAAUGCAGAGGAGUACUAUCAGACAACAGAGUGCACAGAGAAAUACUAUCAGACAGGAGAGAGCACAGAGGAGUACUAUCAGACAGGAGAGAGUGCAGAGGACUGCUAUCAGACAAGAGAGAGCACAGAGGAGUCCUAUCAGACAGGAGAGAACGCAGAGGAGUCCUAUCAGACAACAGAGUGCACAGAGAAAUACUAUCAGACAGGAGAGAGCACAGAGGAGUACUAUGAGACAGGAGAGAGUGCAGAGGACUGCUAUCAGACAAGAGAGAGCACAGAGGAGUGCUAUCAGACAGGAGAGAGCACAGAGGAGUACUAUCAGACAGAAGAGAGCACAGAGGAGUCCUAUCAGACAGCAGAGUGCACAGAGAAAUACUAUCCGACAGGAGAGAACGCAGAGGAGUACUUUCAGACAACAGAGUGCACAGAGAAAUACUAUCAGACAGGAGAGAGCACAGAGGAGUACUAUCAGACAUGAGAGAGUGCAGAGGACUGCUAUCAGACAAGAGAGAGCACAGAGGAGUACUAUCAUACAGGAGAAAGCACAGAGGAGUACUAACAAACAGGAGAGAGCACAGAGGAGUACUAUCAGACAGGAGAGAGCACAGAGGAGUACUAUCAGACAGGAGAGAGCACAGAGGAGUACUAUCAGACAGGAGAGAGCACAGAGGAGUCCUUUCAGACAGGAGAGAGCACAGAGGAGUACUAUCAGACAGGAGAGAGCACAGAGGAGUACUAUCAGACAGCAGAGUGCACAGAGAAGUCCUAUCAGACAGGAGAGAGCACAGAGGAGUCCUGUCAGACAGGAGAGAUCACAGAGGAGUCCUAUCAGACAGGAGAGAGCACAGUGGAGUCCUAUCAGACAGGAGAGAUCACAGAGGAGUGCUAUCAGACAGGAGAGAUCACAGAGGAGUCCUAUCAGACAGGAGAGAGCACAGAGUAGUACUAUCAGACAGGAGAGAGCACAGAGGAGUCCUAUCAGACAGCAGAGUGCACAGAGAAAUACUAUCAGACAGGAGAGAACGCAGAGGAGUACUAUCAGACAACAGAGUGUACAGAGAAAUACUAUCAGACAGGAGAGAGCGCAGAGGAGUACUAUCAGACAGGAGAGAGUGCAGAGGACUGCUAUCAGACAAGAGAGAGCACAGAGGAGUACUAUCAUACAGGAGAAAGCACAGAGGAGUACUAACAAACAGGAGAGAGCACAGAGGAGUCCUAUCAGACAGGAGAGAGCACAGAGGAGUGCUUGCGCACCCUCACUUACUGGACUUUGUCAAUGCCUGUGCUUCAGAUGAGGAUGUACAACAUAUAAAAAGUUUUUGAAUCUGAAAGCGCCCAUUUAACCAAAGAUAUGAGCAUCAAUACACAUUUUUUUUCAUAUUAUUUAAAAAAGGACGUGUGGUCAGUAAAAAACAGUAGUUAUUUAUACCAAUACAUAGCCCUGGGUUCCCUGAUUCCAACCAUGUUUUUAUUCUUUUGGCUACACCCCAUGGUUCCUACAGUAUAGGGAUUUCAUGAUUUGUUUACUAUCUGUACUUUUGUGCCUGCAAAAUAUUGUGGUUGUUAUCUUACCAUAAAAUUUCGGCGGCAGUCCAGGUCCAGACCCAACUCUCAUGUGUGUCCGAUGUCUGCUAACUCCAUGCUUAUCGAGCCCUGGUCCCUUGUUGGUCCACUACAGAUCCUGUUCUCCUCUGAGGAGUCCCA